CCUCCGGGCGUAUCUCAGGGGCUGGGAAGGUCUCAGCAGCGCGAUCCCUCAGGGUUGUUUGAAGCCAGAUGUGCAGCAGAGCCUUUUUGGCGUAUAAAUAUCUUGUCCCCAUCCCUAAUUUAGUUCAUCUUCUGACCAGAAGCUUUCAGUUACUCGGCGCGUCGCUGCGCUCAGUCACGCUAUCCAGCGUGGGCUGGGAUUUCAAUGAGUUGUCCCAGACUCUGGUGUCGCGUUGACGAACACCUUCCCCAGAACAGAGGCGUUUGCAUCAGGAGGAGCCGGUCCCUCCCCGGCGCAGCCCUGGGAUUGCAGGGGGAUUGCCAACGCCUGGCGUGUGUGGUGGGCUGGGGGCUUUGGCUCCGGUAAAUGGGAUUUCCCAGCCUUCGCAGUUACAGAGAAGACCUUAAAUAUACACUCAAAGGUCAAACCCUGGGAGACAAAGAUCCCCAACCACAGGUGCUUCUUGUUACGUUAGAGAUCUUAGGAUUUUUAAAUAGAUCUGGGGAUUUCCAACCACAUAUUCUGAUUUUGGGGGCUGAAUUUACUAUUUGAGGUUUAUGGGCUAGCACGGCAUUGCUGAGCUAAUGGUUCUCUGCAGAAGCUCUCAUCUUCGUAUUCGGAUCAUGCGUGUGUUUGCAGUGUAUCCCAUAUAAGCUGUUUUCCCCUUGAUGUCCAGGCUGUUUCCCCGUCCUCUUGGAGUAGCCAGAUCUUUUAAGGAGCGUGUGUACCCUGUGAAUGUGUUAUAACUCAGUUUAAUAUGUGACUAAACCAGCCAUGCAAUAUUGCAAUUAAAGGAUAAUACCAGAGGUGUGAACAAUGCCAGCUUUUUGCUGUGCAUGAGUCAUGAUAGCAGAGGAGGAACCGAGCAGCAGUAUUUUACUAAUUGACUCCAGCAGAUUUAUUUGUCCUCAGUGAAUAGAGGCGGGCAGGGCUGUCGGAAUUGUUCCUGCUCCACUCACACAACGCUGCUCCGUGCCUGGCUCCUGGCGAGCAGGAGCUGAUCCUGGGGACAGAGAGCAACUGCAGGGAUGGAGACAGUUCUCGGCUGAGUGAUCUGUUAAAUGCUUUUUGUUAGUGAGUGUGGAGCGAACUGGGGGCUCCCGGUGCUGUUUGGAAAUGGCCCCUUGUGCCCGGCAGUGAACCUCCUGCUGCUUUUCCACGGGUCCUGUCCUGCGGGGUGAGCGAAUGCCACGGGGAAGGUGGCACCGGCUGGAGGGACCCGUGGCACCGUACUCAGCCCAGGGACCACUGCCCUGGGCCGAGGCGCAGGGUCUGGUCGGUGCCGGUGUCUGCACAGGGCUGCUGUUCAGGCUCGCUCGCGGGGCUCGGCGGCAGGCUCGGUGCAUCUGAAUGCAAAUGCAUCCAGGAUUACAAAAAAGCCAGGGAGGGAGAGCAGAGCCUGUCCACGGAGCGGGAAUCAUCCCCCCCCAUCCUCCGGAUGCGUCAGCGAUUCCUCUGGGUGGGAGGAUGCUGCAGCGUGCCGGGGGCUGACGCGCGGUGCCGCCGGCCGCGGGGAGCAGGACCCCCGCCGCCCACCCAUGCUCCCCACCAGCCGCCGGGGCAGCGCCCCGUGACGGAGGGGCGGUGGGCGCCCGCCACGCCGCAGCCGGGACCGCAGCCGCCGUGCCCCCGCGCCAGCCGCCCCGCCAUGACGAGCCUCUUCCGUCGGAGCAGCAGCAACGGCGGCUCGCGCGGCGGCUCCUCCGCCCAGGAGCUCAACAACAGCCGCCCCGCCAGGCAGGUCCGCCGGCUGGAGUUCAACCAGGCCAUGGAGGACUUCAAGACCAUGUUCCCCAACAUGGACUACGACAUCAUCGAGUGCGUCUUGAGGGCCAACAACGGCGCUGUGGACGCCACCAUUGACCAGCUCCUGCAGAUGAACCUGGACAGCAGCGGCUGUGACGACAGCUCGGAUUCGGAGGACAGCAUCCCCCCUGAGAUCUUGGAGCGGACCCUGGAGCCGGACAGUUCGGAUGAGGAGCCCCCUCCCGUCUACUCCCCUCCCGCCUACGAGACCCAGGAGUUUGGCAGCCGCUACCCCCGCGCGCCGCCCACCCCGCCGCCCAGGACAGACGUGCCGGGACCUGGCAGCACCCCAGCACCCGGGCGCUACAGGAACUGGAACCCACCGCUCCUGGGCAACCUCCCCGAAGACUUCCUCCGCAUCCUGCCCCAGCAGACCGCCGGCACACAGGGCUCCCACGGCUGCCGGCAGCCCGUGCCGCGGGGGCUCGCCCCGCGGGGUCAGGGCUCCCUGGAGCAGGAGCGGCGGUGGAAGCAGUACCUGGAGGACGAGCGGAUCGCGCUCUUCCUGCAGAACGAAGAGUUCAUGAAGGAGCUCCAGAGGAACCGGGAUUUCCUCCUCGCCCUGGAGAGAGAUCGAUUGAAAUAUGAGUCAAAAAAAUCCAAGUCAACCAGUGUUGCUGUGAGCAACGACUUUGGUUUCUCCUCCGUAAUAUCAGGUGACGUAGCCCCCUCUGUAACCAGCGAGGCCGGCGGUGCCGUGUCUGACGAUGCCUUAUUCAGAGACAAAUUGAAACACAUGGGAAAAUCCACGCGCAAGAAGCUGUUUGAACUCGCCAGAGCCUUCUCCGAGAAGACGAAGAUGAGGAAAUCAAAAAGAAAACACUUGUUGAAGCACCAGGUGCUGGGAACGGCGGCUUCCACGGCAAAUCUUCUCGACGAUGUCGAAGGACAUUCAUGCGAUGAAGACUUCCAAGCGCGGAGGCAGCAGCUCCGGGAGGAGGAGGAGACGCCGAAGGAAGGGCAGUAAACGGUCCCAGCGCUGGGGUUUAUUGCUGGCACAGAACGUGCACAAGGCUUCAUAAGAAGAUGGCUGAAAAAGGAAAAAAAACCACCCAACAAGCAACCCAGUUUUUUGGCUGUUCCCCCUCUGCUGUUGUACUCCUCUGAAGUACAAGUAUUGAAGUGAGGGACAAUGUUUUCUUACCAGUGGUUUGAAAACAACUUCUAUCUAGCAAAUCAGCCAAAAAGGAAAAAAAAAAAGGAAAAAAUAAGUUCGGCAGCUGAUGUGAGCGGCUCUGGAGGAGCCAGAAAAGCUCAGACUUGGGAGGAGCAGCGUCCCGCCUGCUCUCUCGGUCCGAGUGGCGUCGCAGAAGGAAUGAAAAUCAGUUGUACUAACGAGGAUGCAUUCACAUGUGGGAUCUGCUUGGCCGGAGCACUCCUGAACAUAUCUCUGUAGCAAUCUGAUGUAACUUUACUCUGCGCACACAGGAAAAAAAACACCACGUGAGAAAGAGAACCUAACAGCUGUUGUCUACUAUUGCUAGGAGUAAUGAGCAGAGAUUCAGAUCAGGUAAUAGUCAAAUAAUAUAAAUUGUUUAUAAAAAGGAAAGGCCUUCUUUUCCUAGGCGUUUCACUUUGAAUUAAACCUUUGCCUUCGGCAUUGCUAAAA